UCCAACCGAGUUGACGAACCAAGUUGACGUGAUAUAUGAAUAUGAAAAUCUCUUUUUCUUUGCCUCUAAGUUUUUUAUUUUGUGAUCAUUGCUUUCUAUUUUAGAGAGAGAAAGAGCGAGCAGUAUGAUUUCCAGCCAAGUUGACGACUCAUCAAGCUCAUGAAAAGUCGCAGUGGAAUUCUGUUCAUCUGGUUUCAGAAAAUUUGCAAGCCGGGAAUCUUAAGCUGAAUUUUGCAAGCUUAAUUAUCUGGAAUUUCAUAAGGUACUAGUUCUAAAUUUUUUUACCAGAUCUGGUCAUCGCAAUGCAAUUCUGUGAUCACUCUCCAAAAUCUCCAAGCCCAAACUGAAAGUGUAACUUCAUCCAUCACGAACUGACCGCUGAAGCUCAAGAAUUCUGUUCAUCUCGCUAGCGCUCUUGGAGAUUUGCAAGCCCAGAAUCAUCAACUCAAUUAUACUGUGGAAGCUUAAUUAUCUGUCCCCACUUCCAAGCUCCAACUUGGUUGACGACUUAUCAGUUUGGUCAUCGCAGUGCAAUUCUGUUCUUCUAACUCUUGAAAAUCUUCAAGCCAAGACUGAAAGUGCAAAAUUCAUCACAUUGUUCUUUUCACAUCUAGAUGCUAUCUUCAUGAAAGAUGAAGUUGCUAUUAAUAUCAAAUGGCAGAGGUGGGAGUGUCGGUAGCAGCAAAACUUGCUGAGUAUUUGUUGGAUCCAACUUUACAGCGACUCCAAUAUUUGUUCUGUGUCGGCAAAAUCACCAGAAAUGUUGAGAUCAGAAAGGAGGAACUGAUACUGAAGCAAGGGAGGGUGCAAAAAGAUGUUCAAGAGGCCAUCAACAGGACCGAAAGGAUAUAUGACGAGGUUAACAUGUGGAAGAAUGACGUGAAGACUCUCAUAGCAGAGGUGGAGAAACUGGAGGAAGAACUAAGGGCCAACAAUGGCUGCCUUCGAGGGUGGUGUCCUACUUGGAGGAGAUAUUGUCUCUGCAAAGAGUUGGCUAAGACAGCACAGAGGAUAAUUGAUCUGAAUACAAAGUGCGGUUGCUUCAAUCAAGUUUCCCAUCCUGUUAUUGCCCCAAAUAUAGAAUUUCACUCUUCUCAAAACUUUAAGUUCUUCAACUCUACACAAAUGGCCUUUGAUCAGCUGUGGGAGGCAUUACGUGAUGACGGUAUCUCCAUGAUUGGGAUAUGGGGCAUGGGAGGGUCAGGGAAAACCUCCUUGAUGAGAGUAGUGGAAAAGAAAGCCGAGGAGUCACAGCUUUUUAAUCAAGUUGUGCUCACUACAAUUUCUCAAAGCCCAGAUAUAAGAAAAAUUCAAGGCGAAAUUGCUGAUGCUUUGGGGCUCGAAUUGAAGGAAGAAUCUGAAACGGGAAGGGCAAAAAGAAUAGCACUACGAUUACAUAGUGGAAAACGAAUUUUGGUAAUAAUGGAUGAUGUAUGGGCUAUGUUGAAUCUUGAGGACAUAGGGAUUUCCAUGGGGGGAAACCAUCAAAGAAGUUUCAAAGUUGUCCUAACCACACGCAGUCUUGAUGUAUGUAUCUUAAUGGAGUGCCAAAAGAGGAUUCGACUUGAUUUAUUAAAAGAAGAUGAAGCUUGGACUUUAUUUCAAGCGCAUGCUAAUGUCAAAGAUGCUACUAAAGGAGAUAUGGCGCGACAAAUUGCUAUGGAAUGUAAGGGCCUACCCAUUGCUAUUGUAGCUGUGGGAACUUGCUUGAAAGAAAAAGGAGUCGAUGAGAUGAAGGUAAUGUUGUAUCAGCUAAGGAAUAAGAAAGCAACCAAUGUGAAUAAAGGAGUAAGGGAUGCUUUUACUUGUCUUAAACUAAGCUAUGAUAAUUUGGCAACCCGAGAAGCCAAGUUGUUGUUGUUAAUGUGUGCUAUGUUUCCUGAAGAUCAUAAUAUUGGUGUUGAAGACCUUUUUAGAUAUGGAGUGGCUUUAGGCCUAUGUGAUGAUGUAGACUCAUUUGAAAUAGCAAGGAGCCAAGUUAGAGCAAUUAUAAAUUAUCUCAUUAACUCCUCAUUGUUGAUGCGUUCUUCAAAAUUCAACACAAAGUCACAAGAAUAUGUGACCAUGCAUGAUAUGGUUCGUGAUUUUGCAUUGUGGAAAGCAUCUGAAGAGGAUCGUACCAUUAUGAUAACUUGUACAAAAGAAUUGAAUGAAUUGAUGGCUGAUGAAGCCAUAAAAAAUUGCUAUGCCAUAUGUUCUUGGUAUGUCAACAACAAAUUUUCUUUUCAAUUGGAUGUUUCAAAAGUUGAGUUUCUAUUGUUAUGUUCAAGAGAACCCUUGGAUAUAUCACAUGCAUCAUUUGAAGGCACUAAAGGACUCAAGGCAUUGAUUAUUACGUCCUCCAUUUUUUUGCCCAAGAUUGAACUAUUAGGACCUCAAUCAAUCCAACACUUGUCUAAUCUUCGAACUUUGCGAUUGCAAGGUUGGUAUUUACAUGACAUCUCUUUUGUGGUAAGCCUUACAAGACUUGAAAUUCUUGACUUGCAACGAAGUACGUUUGAAAGAAUGCCAAAUGGAAUUGAAAAUUUAAACAAGCUGAAGUUGUUAGAUUUGUCAGAUUGUAACAUACGUAAGUGUUGUUACAAAGUAAUAGGAAGGUACUCACAGUUAGAAGAGUUGUAUGUUUCCGGGCAUUUUUCACAGUCAAAAAAUGCAAAUUGCUAUGAAUACUUUGUGGCCGCCACUGCUUUGAUGAAAUGGAGAAGGUAUAUGCUAGAAAUUGGGAGGCAUGAAACACGCUUGAUAUCUCCUAAUGAAAGGACAAGAUAUUUACGCUUGGGUCAGUUAAACAUCUCCAUGCUAGGUGCAGGAAUCAAGGAUCUUGCACAAAGAGCAACUGAAAUUGAAUUUUAUGAGCUUAAGGGAGGCAGCAGAAGUUUCAUGCCUAAUGUUGUUCAAGCUAUUGAAGGUAUGAAUGAGUUAUCUAAACUCUAUCUUAGAAGAUGUUCAGAGAUGGAGUGCAUUAAUGACAAAAUUAAUGCUCAAGAAGAUGUGAUUGCCCCAACAUUGGAUGAGUUAGUGCUAAGAGAUAUGAAUAAUCUUCAACAACUACAUCGUGGUCCUUCUUCUUUUAGCUUGUUUCAAAAGCUGGAAACAUUAAGUAUAUCCAACUGCCCUCAGUUGCUCCUCAUAUUCCCUGCUGGUUGCAACUUCAGCAAUCUUAAGUCUGUCAGUAUUUCUAAUUGUCCGAGGUUGACGUCUCUCUUCAUUGUCUCUGUUGCGUGCACUCUGUUGUCCUUACAAGAGCUCCGAAUAAAAAGUUGCAGUGAACUAAAGCAUGUAAUAAAAGAAGAGGGUGUUGGCAAUGCAUGGGAGAAUUUGAGAUUCCCAAAAUUGAAAAUUUUGUUUGUUGAUAAUUGCUGCAAAUUAGAAUCUGUAUGGUCAGUCUUUUUAGCUCAAAGGUUUGUACAAUUGCAGCGUCUAUCCAUAACAAAUGCUCCUCAGAUGAAAUUUGUGUUCGGUGAAAAUGUUGAUGAAGAACAGCCAUUGUGUGAUCAAGAUGAGGCUCAAAUAGCUCUUUCUCUUUUGGAUUACCUCACACUAACAAAUCUUCCAAACCUUGUCAGAAUUUGCCCGGAGAGUUAUCAUCUAAGGUGCCCAUCUAUAAAAACAAUAGAAUGGAAGGAUUGUCCAAAUCUGGAAUUGCAGGAACUUAAAGGCCAUCAAUUGAGGAAUGAAGAAUGCAAGUCAGUGGCAGAUAUAGGACGUACUGAACUUCGUAACCGUGGAGUACAAUCUAUUUUCCUUUAUAAGACUGGGGUUGGAGAACGAAGGACAACAUUUAAAUACCUUCAAGAAUUAACUUUAAGAAAUUGUAAAAGACUGAAAUUUGUCUUUUCUGCUCAUAUUUGUCAAAGUCUUCCUGAGUUAACUUCUGUCACCAUAUCUUGUUGUGAGGAGUUGGAGGCAAUUUUUCUGGGGAAUGAAGAGACUCAUAAGAAUCUGCCCAUAGCUGAAUCUGAUCUGCUAAAGUUGAAGAGUCUGGAGAUCUCUAAGUGCAACAAGCUUAAAUUCAUUUUCAUGAUCAGUGCUGCUAUCUCAAUACUUCCUCAGCUAAGCACUCUAACCAUAUCAGAUUCUUCUCAAAUUGAAGAAAUUUUCAAGUGCUCAGACAUUGAAAAUCAUGACAUUGACAGUGAAAAGGAGAUUACAUUCCCAAACAUGAAACGUAUGGAACUCGAUAACUUGCCACGACUUGUUAAUGUCUGUCAAGGGUUUAAGCUGCAUACACGGGAGAUUUUCAAGGUUCAGGUUCAUCACUGCCUAAAUUUCUUGCCAAUUAUAAGUGCAACUAUUCAUUGGACUGAAGAGGGACUUGUAAGGGAGUAUGUGUUGAAAUACAACCAGUUAAAUAAUAAUAAGGCUCUCAACCUUCCGCUUUCUGUUCUGAAUGCUGGAGAGCUUGAUAUUCGAAGUCCUGGAGUUGAACACAAUUGGCGAGUGAUUGGUGAUGAUGAGGAACAAGAAACCAACAACUCAGGAAUGUUGAGAUCAGAACAACAAAUGCUGGGAGGUCUUGUUCCCACCCAGGUUUUGAGCUUUCAACAUCUUCAUUCCUUAGAAGUAACUCACAAUAAAAGGUUGAAGUUUUUGUUCUCAAGCAGCACACUUGUCCACACCAGCCUUCCCAAAUUGGCUUCCUUAAUCUUAUCUGAUUGUGAAGAACUGGAGGAAAUAAUUGCAGAAAAUGAGGAACAUCAUAUCAUGUCCAGUGCUGAAGUUCACUUCCCAAAACUUGGGGAGUUGAAGGUUGAGAGGUGCAACAAGCUCAAAAGACUCUUCUCUACGUCCACGAGUAUUAUUCUUCCACAACUAUACUCUUUGUCAAUAGCUGAGGCUAAUCAACUGGAGGUGAUUUUUAGACAUAGCAGUGAAGGUGAUGCGAACUACAGUGAGGCAAUUGUGCUUUGCAGCUUGAGGACGAUAGAGCUAACAAAUUUGUCAAAUUUGAAAAGUGUUUGUCAAGGAUUGCAGAUUCAGGUGAAGCUGAGCAGCAUCAGCAUAUGGAACUGCCCAAAAUUUGUGGAUUCAACCUUGGGAAGGGCUCUUCAACAAUUGGGAACAGUAUCGGUUUCAAGGGAAGAUUCAAAUAUUCAAACUUCAUCAAAUGGAGAAAAAGAAUUGGUAGUAAAUGAAGAAAAAGGGACGGUUGUGAUCUCAGGAGCGGAGUACUUGUAUUUGAAGGAUUCAAUGAAUCUCAUAUCUGUAUGGGAGGGUCCCGGUUUCAUGGUCUUCCAAAAUCUUAAGAGUUUAUUUGUGAAUAAAUGUACAAAAUUGAAGUGUAUGUUCCCAAGCACUGUGAUCAGAAGCCUACCGUGUUUGUGGUCUCUAAGCAUUGAAGAAUGUGAAGAGAUGGAGGACAUGAUGUCAUCAGAAGAAGAGCAUCACUACUUUCCAAAUACAUCCUCCUCUCCUUCCUUCUGCUUCCCACAACUUCAAUAUCUUGAAGUCAGGAGAUGCAGAAAGUUGAAAUGGCUCUUCCCCUCUCUGCCCUCUACUCUCCAUCUUCCACAGUUGGAUUGUUUGUGGAUUGAUAAGUGCUCUGAACUAAAGGGACUUUUUAAUUGCGAGCUCGAAAUUCAAGAGAAGGGGUUUUACAACAACAUAUUUCCAAACCUGACAUAUCCAUUUAUCAGUGAUUGCCCCAUCUUCUCCAAAACCAUACUCGCGGCUCUUCAAAGUCACGCAGCGAAAAUACGAAGUCAUCAUGAUCGUCGUGUCGAUGAUGAUGGUGACGGUGACAGUGAUGGCAUAUAAUUUGUACAGUUUGCUUCAUUUGAAUGAUGGCGGCAUGCGAUCAACAUUGCAGAAGGCAUUCAUUUGUCUCAUUUUUAUUUAAAUACUUGGAUUUGUUGUCUACAUAAAAAAAAACCUACUUGCUCAAGUUUCAAUUAACACUUUUGCCAAUAGAUGAAUGAUCAUUCAUUCACUUUCAGUACUAGUACUUUUUAUAAAAUAUUAAUAUGUUGCGUAUAAAAA